CGGGAUUUCCUGUAUCUCAGCCACCGUUGGAGUAAAGCCAAAGCUCCAGGAGAUAGUUGGAAUGCCCAGCCUGUCCGGAUUGGUUCCUGGAAUUAGCUGCCAGAUCAACAGCCAGUCACCACAACUAAAGGCCUUCUUGAACGCCAGUUGGAGGGGAGGCCUUUCAGUGCAUCUGAAAGCACUGAAUUGGGACAAAAAGAUUCCAUGGGAGCUACUUGCUAAAUGGGUGCUUCGGGUUUGUUUCAUUUUCCAGUCUCCCUGACCAAAAGUAAUUUAGUGCCCUGGGGACUCUGGUUUUGGAGGAAGACAAACUUUCUAUCACCCUGCAUCAUUGUGCCUUCAAACCAGCUAGCAGGCAAGAAAGAUUCCCAUCAUCUCCUUGUGCUGAAUGAAAGUGAACUAGAAGAACAGUUUGUGAAGGGCCACGGCCCUGGUGGCCAAGCCACCAAUAAAACAAGCAACUGCGUGGUCCUGAAGCAUAUCCCUUCUGGGAUUGUGGUCAAGUGUCAUCAAACAAGAUCAGUCGACCAAAACCGAAAAAAAGCUAGGGAAAUACUACGAGAAAAGGUGGACAUUUUCUACAAAGGUGAAAACAGUUACAUUUUCAAAGCAAAACGUGAAGCAGAAAAGAACAAACGAGAAAAGAAGAGAAAAGCAAAGGAAACCCUAGAAAAAAAGAAACUUUUAAAGGAACUGCAGAAAUCAAGUCAAGAAGAUGUUGGUCACAUAACUGUGAAGGAAUAAUAUUGUUGGUUUUAAUCUAUUGUAUAACUUUUAAAAUAAAUACAUUUUGGGAAAAACAUGGAUUUAAGGAGCUACUCUGCAAAAUCGUAGACCUGAGCCAAAUGUUAAUAGGAGUCGCAGUAUCAACUCUUCAUCUGUUGGGAGAAGAUUACGCACUGGUAUUUAGACAUUGCUGCAGUUGUGCCAAGAUAAAUUUUGGUAAGAAACAAGAUGGUGACUUGAAAAGCUAAUGGAUAAAUCACUUGCCCCUUUAUUCCAUUAGCUAAUGGACGACAAGGGCAAGAGAAGCAGUCUUGAGCUUAGAAAAUUCUCUACUAUAGAAUUCAUGAUGAUGUAUAUGUGCAGGUCCCUUUAUGUGCAGUUUCCAGUUUAAAUCACGAUCAGUAAAUAUCAGAUUAGUUCUAUC